UUGAUGCUGAUGGUUCUGGAUUGCAUGAUGCCGGUGAUUUUCUGGGUAACUUGCUCCAACAGAUGGGGCACAUCUGUAUCAGAUGUUUCUGGAUGUUUUUGUAAGUUGACAGACUUGGUUUGAAUUUGCCCCGUGUGUACUUGCUGUGGCUUACAAGUCUGAUGAAGUCCUGAAAUUUGAAGGGUGCUCUUCAGCAUUUGCUUGUAUGCUGGUGGCACGUUGGUUGUGACUUGAUGAGAUCCCAGGGCUCGUGAUGGGUGGAGUUUUGCGAGCUCUUAUGAGUUGUGACACCUGAGUGCCCACAUGGUAGAUGGUAUGGUCAAGUUAUUUAAUGGAGUGUGGAUCGAUGAAUUCUUUUGGAGAUUUGAAAUGGAACAUGAUGGGUGUUACAGCCUAGGCAGCCUAUCUGAUUUGUUAGAACAGGCUAGUUGUGGAUUUGUACGUUGGCAAAUAUUGUCAUCCUACCUUGUUGGGGGGGGGGGGGGGGGGGGGGGGGAGGCUCUUUUGGUGAUUGUGCUGGGAAGUGGAGCUUGGAAUUGGGCUAGCUGGGGCUGGAGAUCUGAACAAAUUCCAGAACCAGCGGACCAUCAGGUGCUCCUGAACCUAAGGAUACUGAAAUUUGGCUGUCGAGCUGAUAUACGGCAGAACAAUCUCUGGUUCCAAAUGGGGACGAAUCAGGAGUGGUGCCAAUUAGCGGUCCAGAUACUCUGUUCCUGCUUGUUAGUUAUCCGUCUUUGCUACUGGCUGGUAUCUGAAGAUCGAUUGGGCGGCAGCGUUUUUGACUCGGCCAGUUUUUCAGUGUCUUUUAAUCCUCUGCCGAGUCUGGACUAUUCUUCCGCUGCCGUCCGAACAGCUCGACGGCAACGUAACAUCUAGGCCCCUUGUCAAAUCCAAGCACAAGCAGACACGGCGCAGGAUCCAAACCCCAGUUUUUCUCCGGUUUGCCUAACGUGUCCUUGGCCGUGUCUCCCAGCUGACCUUGUUUUUACAUAAGCCCCCGCCUUGGGUCCGCCACCAGAACACAACAGAACAGAGUCCCAGACACCGUGUGAUCGAUAUAUGCCAUCUCGCGGCGGCAACGCGCAGGCGCAGGCGCAGGUGCAGCGGCAGCGGCAGCCGGCUGUGGUGGUGGUAGCGGUUGCGGAGCCGGCGAGGCGGCGGCGCGCCACGAUGCCGGUGAAGAGCAGCGCCAGCUUCCGGAUGACCGCGCUGCCGAUGGUGGUGGCCGCGCAGCUGCUGACGGCCGCCGUGCUAGUGCUCGUGCUCGUCUGGGCGCUGCACUUCCGGGGCGGCGUCUCGUGGGAGCGGACAUCCAACCCUUUCCUCGUCUACACGGCACACCCUCUGUUCAUGGUGAUUGGCUUCGUCAUCUGCACUGGAGAAGGUAAACGAGAGUCUUAUUACUCACUCCAAGUGAUGGGAGAAACCAAAGGAAGGUUGAGAUGUGUGGCUCAUGUGUCGCGUGCAGCGGUCAUGGCGUACAGGAUCGUGCUCGGGCCGAGGCCGGCCAAGAAGAUGGUGCACCUGCUGCUGCAUCUCGUAGCGAUGGCCUUUGCUGCCGUCGGCCUCUACGCUGCCUUCAAGUACCACCAUGACACCGGCCUCCCUGAUCUCCGCUCCCUGCAUUCUUGGAUCGGGAUUGCCACCAUAGCGCUCUAUGCUCUCCAGUGGCUGGUGGCAUUCGUGUACUUUUUGUUCCCUGGGGCUGCGAUGACAAUGAGGGCAGACUACGCACCAUGGCACAUCUUCUUUGGCAUCGUCAUCUUCCUCAUGGCCAUUCUCACCGCUGAGACCGGCUUGGCAAAGUUCGUCUUCCCCUUCAAUGACUACCCGAGCGAAGCAUUCGUCAUCAACUUCACCGGGCUUGCCAUCCUCAUGUUUGGUGUGGUUGUCAUCUUAGCUGUCAUCCUUCCAUCAAGAUACUAGCAAGUGAACCAUUGGUCAGUGAUUCUCUUCAAACCAUUUUGGGAUGCAGAGUGUUUGUGCAUUGACAUGAUUGAUAUUGUUAUUGAGUUAUAGACAUCGUCGCUGGUACAACUGAAUGAGUCUGAUACUAGUUAUGUCAACUAUGUGUUCUUACAUUUUUGUUCCCUAGGGUAUAUCCUGUGCAGAUUGAUUUUCAAACAUUAUUGCUGUUGCUGCUGGUACAAAUUAAAAUUUCAUGCAUGUGACCAUUGAACGCA